UGGAAAGGCGUGCACUUGCCGAGCAACAACUUGAGCAGCGGCUGUGCGCCGGCGCACUCGAGAGAACGCGGCCGCUUCUAUAAAUACGACCGAGAGGACACACGCAGGAUUAUAUCGUUCCAAGCUUAUUGUUGAGCGGAUUAACAAUAUGAUCAGGUUGUUGUUAGCUGCGUGUGCGUUGUCGCCUGUGUGGGGCAUCAUCGUGAAGGACCCGCCGGCUGGCGACGAGUACAAGUACGCUUACGAGGUGGCGGAUCCCAGCACGGGUGAUAGCAAGAGCCUGCACGAAAUGCGCCACGGGGACGUAGUCAGUGGCUCCUACUCCGUGCUCGACCCUGACGGCACCAAGCGCACGGUGCACUACACCGCCGACGCUGAGCACGGAUUCAGGGCUGUCGUCACGCAGGAACCCAUCGCCCUCCCAGCGCCUCCAGCACACGCGCCACAUACACUCCCCUAUUUCAGCCUGGGUAACCGUUUACCCGACUACUCCAUGUUGUCUACAAACCCCAUGUUCACAGACUAUGCAGAUCCCUAUCAACAGCGCAUGCCAAAUCGAAGAGAUAAAUACUUCAUCCCUGCUAAUGAACUACCCUCCGGUAAAGCCCCCUUCAACGGACUAUAUUUUGAACCAAAUAAUCAAUCGGCUUAACGAAUAGGUACCAGGUGGAUGUAGCUUGAUAUUUAUAAACGUGAUAAAGUUUUUAAAAUUGUGAUAUUGUUUUAAAUGUGUACCUGUGGGACUGAUGAAGAAGUACAAUAAAGGAAC